CCUACGAAGAGAGGGAAGCUAACAAAAUCCAUCUCCAUCCUCUCUGGAGAACAAUGAAAUGAUUACCAAAACUACAAGAUCAUAAUCUGUACGUUCUAAACUUUCGACUGACACCAAUAUUGUGGUGUUUCGGUUUUGGAUUUCAAAGAUAAGUUAUGGUGAAAGUUGAGCUGAUUCAGAAGGAUCCGGAUUCUCUUGCAGGAUUCGGUGGCAGGGGGGUGUGAGGAAAGCGAACAGUGUUAGUUGGGUAGCGAAGGAGAAAAAUUUUGUCCUAAGUAGUUAAGAGAGCUAACACCUUUGAUUUGUUUUGUUAUUAAUUAAAACAACUACACUGGUAAUUAACAAGGACAUUUUCAGCACAACAAUGGAGCUCAGAGUAGGGAACCGCUAUAGACUGGGCAGAAAGAUUGGAAGUGGAUCAUUCGGAGACAUUUAUUUGGGCACAGACAUUUCGGUUGGGGAGGAGGUGGCCAUUAAGCUGGAAUGUGUGAAGACCAAACACCCUCAGCUCCACAUCGAGAGCAAAAUCUACAAGAUGAUGCAGGGAGGAGUGGGCAUCCCGACCAUAAAGUGGUGUGGUGCAGAGGGAGACUAUAACGUGAUGGUGAUGGAGUUACUGGGACCCAGUCUGGAGGACCUCUUCAACUUCUGUUCCAGAAAGUUCAGCCUGAAAACCGUCCUUCUGCUGGCAGACCAGAUGAUCAGUCGAAUUGAGUACAUCCAUUCCAAGAACUUCAUCCACAGAGACGUGAAGCCAGAUAACUUCCUCAUGGGCCUGGGAAAGAAGGGCAACCUGGUUUACAUCAUCGACUUCGGUUUGGCCAAGAAAUACAGAGACGCCCGCACCCACCAGCACAUCCCCUACCGCGAGAACAAGAACCUGACGGGCACUGCCCGCUAUGCCUCCAUCAACACACACCUGGGCAUCGAGCAGUCUCGGCGGGAUGAUCUGGAGUCACUGGGUUACGUGCUGAUGUAUUUUAAUCUGGGCUCUCUGCCGUGGCAGGGCCUCAAGGCCGCCACCAAGAGGCAGAAAUACGAACGCAUCAGCGAGAAGAAAAUGUCCACGCCUAUCGAGGUUCUGUGUAAAGGCUACCCCUCCGAAUUUGCCACCUACCUGAACUUCUGUCGCUCGCUUCGGUUCGACGACAAGCCGGAUUAUUCGUACCUGAGACAGCUUUUCAGGAACCUGUUCCACCGACAGGGCUUCUCCUACGACUACGUCUUUGACUGGAACAUGCUCAAGUUUGGUGCUAACCGUGCAGCAGAAGAGGCAGAACGUGAGAGGAGAGACAGGGAGGAGCGAAUGAGACACAGUAGAAACCCUGCCACACGCGGAAUACCCUCUGCCUCCAGCCGACCACGGGCCAAUCAGGACACAGCUCCGCCCACGCCGCUCACGCCCACUUCCCACACUGCAAACACCUCCUCCCCGCGGCCUGUGUCAGGGCUGGAGAAGGAGAGGAAGGUGAGCAUGCGGCUGCACCGUGGAGCUCCCGUCAACGUCUCCUCCUCUGACCUGACGGGCCGACAGGACACCUCCCGCAUGUCCACCUCACAGAAUAGCUUUAACUUCGACCAUCAUGGGAAAUAGCCGCUGGCCUGACCCUGGAGUGGCAACAGCAGCUCCUGAUUACAGACUACAUCUCCCAGAAGCCUCCUCUCUGCACCAGGGAGUGCUGUGGAUGACUCAACCCAACGCAUGGCUGAUUGACGGCUCCAGCAGCCACCUGACAGGGCAGGGCGUCCACCCAACCAAAAACCAAAAUGGUUCAGAACCAACCAAUGCUCUCUCUAAUGGGACGACUGACUCUCUCUCUCUCUCUUUCUCUUUCGCUCUCUCUCUCUCUCUCUCUCUCUCUCCCUUAUAUGUUAAUGUAUUUGCACAUGAGAGCUGAGGACUUCCAUUGCUGAAUGAUUGGUUUCACUGUCAAGACUCUGGUUGAGUUAUUUAGCCAGCCUACCCACCUCAGCCCCCCUGUCUCUGGUGUCUGUCCCCCCCCGUGUGCGUGUG